CCAAUUUGUGUUUUCGAACCAUGCCGGUGCCCACGGGUGGUCGCAGUGAGUAUGAGAAGACCCUGAGCUCGGAACUGCAGAAGCUCCAUGCUGUCUUUUUGGAGCAACAUCAGAAAGAUGUCGAGAUGAAGGUGAAGAAGGCAGCCGCCAAAGCCUUGCGAGGGCUAAGCCGGGAGGCAGCGACGUCCGGUUCAACAGCGGAGGAACGUCCACCUAAGACUUUGGAAGAGAUCGACAACUCUGUCCAUGAGGCAGAUUUUGAUGAGUCGUUGACAUGUCAGAAGUGGUUGGAAUUCUCUGAGAAGCUUCUGGAGCUGGAGUCUUCCUCGGUGACUCAAGUGGAUGAGCCCAUUGUGGAGGAAGAUUUGCAGAUGCGGGCCUCCUGGAAAAUCUCCUGGCAGGAAGCGUCCACAAUUCAUCGGAACCGCAAUUUCUUACCCUCGACACGGAGCAAGUCCUACAGUUUGAGGAUGAAUGAGGUGAUUCGAGACUACACAUGCAUUGGUCGGAUGGUUUUGCCACCGCGUAGCAAGCAGCAGAUGGUGUGGACCUUUUUCGGCACCAUGCUAAUCCUUUGGGAUUUGAUCACUAUCCCCUUGGAGUUCUUUGCUUUGGGGCCCUACACCACAGAUGUCUUGGGCGUGAUGGGCCGGCUCUCAAUGGCUUUCUGGAUGAUUGACAUGCCGAUGAACCUGUUCUUCGGCAUCGAGAAACAGGGGAGAACCGAGAUGAGAGUGAUUGAACUGGCACGUGCCUACUUGCGUUCCUACUUCGUGCUAGACGUGUUGGUCGUCUCCAUUGAUAUCGCUCUUUUGCUGGUGGAAAUUCUCGGGGAGGACGCAGACGGUGGCUUUCGCUCCGCACGGUUCCUCCGUACGAUGCGGCUGCUGCGGCUUUUACGUCUCUUGCGUGCGGUGAAGCUGCAGCAGGAGCUCACCCUCUUGGCAAACCGCUUUCUGUCGGUUCAUGUCUUCAUGGUGGCCAAGG